AUGACCAACGGUUACUGCCUUGAAUCAACCCAGCCAUAUACUCUGGGACGUGGAUCAUGCACCGACAAAACCUGGAGCACGUCGUCUGGGUGUCCAAACCCUUGCUCAAAAAUAACCGCUACUAAGAGCACGGGUUGCUCAGUUCCCCUCUACAGCUUCCUGGAUGGUAAGGCCUUAUACUGUGCGAACUCUAUCAUCGCCAAUUCGUCAAGCAGCACAACAUGUGCCGAGAACACAGAUCCCUUUCCUAUCAAUCCAGGCGACGUUAUCACCGAUAAAGCUCUUCUUGCGAGAGCAUCUUGCACUGUACCCAGGCUUAAUCCAACCUCACCCGGCAACGACCUAAUACCUGCUUCCGCUGCCAGUAUGCCUGUUAACCACGGAAACUUAUCGAACACCUAUGUGGCUAUUGGCGCUGGCGUCGGUGUCCCUCUUGGCGUCAUAGCCAUAGGUGCCAUAGGCUGGGCCCUUUAUGAGCGGAAAAAGCGCCUCCGUUUACUUAAGACGUAUGCAUCUCAACCCGUGGAAGCACAACAACCUAUGUAUCAACACCAAGCACAGCCUAUAGCGACACAGCCGUAUGAAAUGCCACCGAGCUCAAAACCCUCCCAUAUCCACAGCUCCUCGGUUUACAUAUUCUCCUCGGGGGGAACCGGAGGUGGGACGGGGUGGAACGGGGCUACUUUUCUUCAUCCAUUUGGCUUCCUUCGAAGAAGUGUAUCUUAUUUAUUUUCUGUCAUUUCUGCCUACCAACUGGCACGUGUCCAAACUUUUGAUACCCGAAAACUAGGCAAAGAUAUGUCUGUCCGAUGUAUUCCAUAA